AUGCCAAAAGCUGGAAUUAGUUCAAAUGCUGCACCAUCUCUUGCACGUACAAUUCAAGCAAAGAAACGUCGGCCUAAAAAUGGUGGGAAACCUCGCCCACGACGAGAUUUAAUUCAAAAGAAAAUAUUUAAAAUGACUACCACAGGAACAUUUUCUAUUCCUUUGUAUCAUUCGGCUGUUGAUGGUUUAACCGUUCCGAAUGAUAGUAGUAAAAAAGCUGUGAUUACGAAACAACAAACACCACCUGUACGUUAUCCAAUCAUACGGUCACAUAUACGAACAUCAUAUGCAUCUCAACCAUAUCCAAUACAUUCAAAUCUUCUACGUUCAUCAACAGGUUCUAUAUUAUAUCGCGUACCCAAUCCUCAAACAUCAACAACAACUAUUCUUCGACCGACAAAUCCAAGAUGGGAUUCAGCAAUAAAUAUUGUUGAUUUUAAAACUCAACCAUUAAUUAGUCAACAACAGAAAUCUCAUAAUCCAAUGGUAUUUUCAUCAGGAAAUAAAUUAUUAAGAUCGGAAUCGUUGAAAGUCCAAAAUAAUAAUUCAAUCAAUAAUGAAACAAUACAACAACAGAAAAUUGAUGCAAGAUGUUUUUGUGGUCUCGCGCCUAUACAGGAAAAUAGACAGUUGAUAAGAGAUAUGCCACCUUUUCGACCUCAGUCAUCAAUAAUUAGUAGGCCUACAACGACUGCUAGUGGUACAACUCCUUCACCAUCAGCUUCAACGCCAAUGAAUACAGCAGAAAAUCUUCCAAUACCGCAAUCUGAUUCAUCAUUUACAAUUGCAAGUAGUGGUGGUCUAUCGUCCAGCGCUCCACCUCCUAUCUCAGUUUUACGCAAUAAUGGUAAUGCAAUAGUAGAUAUGCCAAGUCCAAAUAAUUCAUUACCCGUUCCAGUAAAUGUUGAAAGUGACAACGAAGAAGAAGAAAAUCAUGACAUUCGUGGUUCAGACGACGAUGAACAAGAAGAUCCAAAAGAUUAUUGUAAAGGUGGUUAUCAUCCAAUAACUAUUGGUUCAAUUUUUAAUCAACGUUAUCAUGUUAUACGAAAAUUAGGAUGGGGUCAUUUUUCUACUGUAUGGUUAUGUUGGGAUCGUAAAGUUGCAAGAUUCGUUGCUAUGAAAGUAGUUAAAAGUGCAAAACAUUAUACUGAAACUGCAUUAGAUGAAAUAAAAUUAUUAACACACGUUCGUGAAAGUGAUCCAUCGGAUCCCUAUCGUCUUAAAUGUGUACAACUACUAGAUGAGUUCAAAGUAGCUGGUGUUAAUGGUACCCAUGUAUGCAUGGUUUUUGAAGUACUCGGUCAUAAUUUACUUAAACUGAUUAUACGCUCAAAUUAUCGUGGUAUACCGAUACCAAAUGUUAAAGCAAUCAUUAAACAAGUGCUACAAGGUCUUGAUUAUCUUCAUCGUAAAUGUCAGAUUAUUCAUACGGAUAUCAAACCUGAAAAUGUACUAAUGUGUGUUGAUGAAGAACAUGUACGUGCUUUGUCUUAUCAAGCUGCUGAAUGGCAUAAACCUGGUAUUAAGCCAGUUGGAUCUGCUGUUGCUACUGCGCAUAUUGUAAACAAACCAGAUCCUAAAACGAUGACAAAAAAUAAGAAGAAAAAAUUAAAGAAAAAGGAAAAACAAAAACAAAAAAUGUUAGAACUGACUCAACAACAAAUUCAAGAUGCAGAAAAACAAAAACACAAUCUAUUAAGUUCACCUAAUCAAGUUAAUUUAAAUAAAUUGAUUAUUACUGAUCAAACAACUCAAUCGAAGCCAGAUAUUUCCGGUGAACAAAAAUUGAAUGGUCAUCAAAAUUCGUCAGUAGACAAACAAGACAAUAAAUCAGAUGAAAGUGAUGAUGAAAAUCCUAUUAUUGAACCUGGUAACGGUCACGAUAAAAAACCACAAACAAAUGGAAAUAAUCAUGAUGAUACAGAACAAGAACUCAAUGAGCAGACUGCUUUGACGGCUACGGCUGCUAUUUCAGGUGAUGCAAAUAAACAAGCAACAUCGAAUGAACCGGAUGCAACAUCGGCACCUCGACCAAUGGCUGAACGAACGCCAAAUCCAGUUUUUGAAAUUGUACCUGAAGAAAUACUUCAAGUUAAAAUAGCUGAUUUAGGAAAUGCCUGUUGGACUUAUCAACAUUUUACAGAAGAUAUUCAAACACGUCAAUAUCGUUCACUUGAAGUUAUACUUGGAGCAGGAUAUGAUACGUCAGCUGAUAUAUGGAGUGUAGCUUGUAUGGCAUUUGAAUUAGUCACAGGAGAUUAUUUAUUCGAACCACAUAGUGGAGAAGAUUAUAGCCGAGAUGAAGAUCAUAUUGCACAUAUCAUUGAAUUGUUAGGUCCGAUACCUAUUGAAAUAGCUCAUUCGGGUCGGUAUUCAAGAGAAUUUUUUAAUAAACGAGGACAAUUACGUAAUAUAAAACAAUUAAAGCCGUGGGAUUUAUUUCAUGUAUUAACUGAAAAAUAUAAAUGGCCACCAUAUGAAGCUAUCGAAUUUACACAUUUUCUCGAGCCAAUGCUUCAUUAUGAUGUUAAUCUACGUGCUACUGCUGCUGAAUGUUUAAUGAAUCCAUGGAUCACUGGCGAACCUUUAUUUGGUAAUCCUGCUGACGGUUUUAUGUAUUCAGAAGAUCAAUUAACUUAUGCUAGUGGUAGUAGUGCUGAACAUAGUCCAUCGGCUUUACAAGCUGGCGCUGUUGGCUUUGAUUUUCGUAGACAGCCGGCUGAUUACGGUAAUUUCUUAUCGACUGCUGUUGGACAUCCACAGUUCAUACAUGGUGCAGUUAAUUUCAAUCCAGAUGAAUCAGAUGAUGAUGCUGAUGACAUGUCCGAACAAUCAGAUGAUGAUGAUGAUGAUGAUGCGCAAUCGGACGGUGAUGAAAGUAGUGUAGAAGAGCUUGAUGAAUGA